CCGUGAGCUAUCAACUGGAGGAAUAACCCCCCUGUAGGUCUAGCCUUCGGCUAUGCGUCACAUCCUCUGCCAGAUUGCCGACGACCAACCUUCCACCAUCAAGAUGCGAUGGAUUCACCUGCCGCAGUGCGACGUCGUCGCAGACGCAGGGUUCCAGACGAGAUUCGAAAGAGAGCUCCACGAGCAUGCAUCCGCUGCAAGGCAAGAAAGAGCAAGUGUAUUGAAACAUCUCGCGGUGUAUGCCAGCGAUGUGCAGAGAGCUCUGUGAAUUGUGAGUUUGAACGCGAGCUCAGCCAUGAACCCGCCGGUCCCUCACUACCACGCGAAAACCAAAUCAGCCCAUCGGCAACCUUCGCUUCAGAUAGUCCAGCAGAGCGGUUCAUGUGGCCUCGAUUUCUUUCCAGACUGAGGGAGACCUUCUCGCUCGAUACGGAAACCACGCCAGAACUACCGUCUUCAAUAUUAACACAAGUCCAAGUACCAAGGCAUUCCCCUGACUCAAUCAGUAGAGUGCGUGAAGCAGCUCGAGGCUUCCCGCCGCGAGCAGUCGCACGCUUCCUCGUGUCUGUCUGCAACGAGCAUGGCACUGACUCUUUCCACUAUUUCAACACGGCUCAGUUCUCUGCUGAGUUAGACGAAUUCUACGAUAACGUCCGCUCACCAUUACGGAUCGAUAGUGCUUUCAUAUGUCUUGCGCAUGCGACCUUUGCACUGGGAAGCCAAUGGGCUACUUUAGUCCGACCUGAAGGCACAAGAACAACCCUUGCUGCACAGGAUGGCGAUCCUGGCCGGCUCUUCUAUCGACAGGCCCGGCUCCUGGUCCCGGAUAUCAUCGAACUCAACUCAGUCCGUACUGUCCAGGCGGCCUUCGUCAUUGGUGUGUACCUACUGCCUGCCAGUGCUAUCAGCUCGUCGUAUGUCUACCUUGGUCUCGCUCUCCGGAAGGCUUUGGCACUCGACCUGCAUCAAGAGACAGAGGAGACGCAAAUCAGUGACACGGAGAAGGAGCUUCGUCGAAGACUAUGGUGGGCUGUGUAUUCUCUAGAAAGAUGCACGACUGUGAAGCUCAACAGACCAAGGUCCAUUGAAUCAGCCAUUAUAACCGUGAAUCUACCAUCACAGCUUCCGGCUCUCGACACACAGCAAGCUUUCAACAACGUCGACCAUCAAGCAGCUAACGCACGGCUCAUGUUGAUUCUGGAUCGAGUCGAAGAACCCAUGUAGGCACACAGCGAUUCCGCUUUGAUCGAUAACUAUAUCUCGAUAGCAGCGAUGAUAUGUCAUUAAAGCUUGAGGUCUGGCUUGGUAAUAUCAUGAGCUGCUCCGUUGGCCCAGACACUGCAUACAGUUGGCCACCCAAACAUCUCGCCUACCCUUAAAAUUUUUGUCUGGUCAUACACACAGCACUA